AUGUCUGAGGUAUUAAAGAAAGAAAAUGAAAUUCUUAAAGCUCGAAUUAAAGAGCUGGAAGAUCGACUUGAAGCACUAACUUCUACAAAAAAGAGUUCCCGAGAAGAGAUAAAACAAAAGAAGGGAGAAUUAGAAAUAUCUGAAUACUUGCGAUAUGGGCGCCAGCUAAUUCUUCCGGAUUUUGGUAUAUCAGGUCAAAUCAAAGUCAAAAAUUCUUCAAUUUUGAUAGUUGGGGCUGGGGGGUUGGGAGCUCCCGCUGCAAUAUACCUUGCAUCUUCUGGAGUUGGUCGACUUGGCAUAAUAGAUUAUGAUACAGUCGAACCUUCAAACUUGCAUCGCCAAAUAAUUCACAAUGAAUCAAGAGUUGGGAACUUCCUAGUAGAAUUACGGAAGUUCAUCAGUUAUUACCUUUCGAUAAUGCCCCAGUCAUUAUUAGUAUAUAUUAUCUGUCGCAUGGGUAACGACUCUCAAUAUGCUGUUAACCUUUUGAAGGACACGAUGCAAAGUGAUGUAAAGGAUAUAAUAGGUGGUCUGCAUCAGUGGGCCCUUGAU